CAGCUUACCGUAUGUUACCCUGGUUACAUGUACCGAAUACCUACCGAGUGCACUCAACCCACUCGCUUCACGUCACGACCAAGACACGUUCAGGUAUCGGCGCGCUCUGGAAGUUGGGCGCCGAAAAGACAAACGACCUUUGUAUCUCCGCGAUACGAAGUAGUUCUUCCCUGUUUCUCUCCAUGUCUACAUACCUUGCAUCUAGGCCAAGGUUUCUCAAACUUUGUUAUCGAAAGAAGCUGCCUUGGCUUGCCUACCCUCGACUUCACCGUUAGCUAUGGUCAUUACUAGGAGCGCAUCCCAUGCGCUUAGCCGAGAAGAUGACGACAGUAGAUGGGCCGAGAGCGACAUCCCUUCAAGGCCCGUUCACCGUGGGAAAUCUACCUCCAGAUCUCCUGCUACGCAUCGCCAAACCAGAGAACCUACAGGGACUGGCCGUAUUGCCGCAAAGAGGAAGAGGGAUGGUAGCGGCACCUCGGAUGCACGGACAAUGAAGGGGCUACGCGAGUUCUUCGACGGACCUACGGAAUCGAUCAAAGACUCAAUCGAGCUCGGCGGCGAGGAUGUGGACGAGGCGCAUGAUGUCGACGCUGUCAUUGACGUGAUGGAUGCUGCAUUUAGUGGUAACGUGCCACGUACGAGAAGAGGGAGGGACAUUGCAGUCGUUCUUGGCACGUCCGGCGCGAAGCCGGUAGUGCGUUCCAAAACUUCGACCGGGGCGAAGACCCAGCGCCAUCUCCGCACUAAGCCUUUGAAUCGUCACGUUAACUCCAGGGAAGUCUUCGGACUAGCUGAUGAUAGAGUUUGGGCAACCGAGGAGGACAACGAGGAGCUUCACCGCGAGUUUGACAAUCCAACUGUACGCUUGGGAAGUCCAGUAUUAGGGUCUUCAGCAACGGAAUUCCCUUCAUCGCAGCCGGACUCCGACGUUUACGAGAUACCCGACGACCCAAUGCCGCAUUCCCCUGUCCUCGCCCGCCAUAAGUCGACGCGAAAUGCCCCGGCGUUGCGAAGCCGGACCAAUAAGGUUGAAAACCCUGCCGGCAAGGUCCCGUCCUCAAAGAAUGUCACUAGGGUUUCUUCGAUUCAAGAGGAAACUGCUGCUCUCGAUCGUCAUGAUGCCCCAUUGUCUCUUGGCGAGCAAGACCGUACACCAUCAGAAAACCAGAAAGUUGUCAAAAUUCAGAUACACAGUGUCAGCCCUCUCCGCACCUUGAAGGUGGAUAGCCAUCAUGUCAGAAACAUGCAGGAAUCAACUGCCCCCGCUUCUGGUACAAUAGGGCCGGCUCGAACAGACGUUGGUAAAAUGUGCCUCGAGUUGCUAGGUCACCUCAAAGAUAGGCUGGAUGAAGUACCUAUGGCCGUCGAUCUCUCUACGCAAAGCAGAUUCCUUGACGAACGCGCGGACGUCUUGAACGAGGCCCUGACCAGCGUUGAAGAAAUGGUUACAAGUAUUUGUGAUACCGCCCAGGUAACGCGUGACGAAUCUUUCCGCACGGCACUUAGCGAGGACCUAUCGUCUUGCAUCCUGCCGAUGGUUGUUCUGGUUCUUCGCAGCUCGUUUGUCAUUGGGAGCACUGAAGAUCAUGAUGAGGAUAGUCUUCGACUGCCGGCAAUCGGCGUCUUCACCUGGUCCACAGUCCAAUACCUAUUGUGGAUAACAGGGUGGAUGGCCCGUCUUUAUAGCCUUCAGGGCAAGCUACAACCUCCCCCCGCCCAGCAGGCGACUGGUCAAGGCGGCCCGACCUUGUCGAGGUCUCACGACAAGUUUAAGACAAUGCUCGGGAAGUGGCGGGAGCACCUUCGCUCAGUGGUGGACGACUUCAACGAGCAGGUCGACAGGAACCGCGAUCGGAAAAUGAAGAAGGAAAAAGACGAAGCUAUAAAAAAGGCGAAACAAGAGUUGGAGAUGAGAGAACGCGAACAAUCCGACAGACAGUUUCAGCUUUGUGUACUGUCAGUCCAGCGGGUCCUAAGCCAACCUGGCCCGCUCGCAGAGAUGUGGUACAAGGACACGCAAAACCCUGAGCGUCUCACUCUGCCAGCAAGCCAGGUCCACAACAGCCGCAUCACAAGUAACGGUGGACGAGCAAGGGCUGGUACCCAGGGCUUGGAUCGUCGCUCUGCGACUUUACCUCGAUCAUCAAGCUCAUUGAGCAUACAGCCCCCAGCUCCUCUCCAGCGCCAGCGUGCACCACCUUCCCCGGAACUCGGCAGUCUACCGUGGACCGAAGACGAGAUAGACUGGUUCCUCAAGGAGUUGCAGCGCCCGGACAGGAAUCCAUACUAUCUCUCGGAAUGCACCGAAACUCUUGAUCGUACACGGGACGAGUUGCUCAGAAUGGAAGAAUGGCUGAAGAGGACGGGACGAUACCGGCCUUCGUUGCACUGAAUCCAUGUUACUUUUGGAUGCCGGAGACCGGGGACGGAUUCUGGUUUGGCAAAGGCACCCGCUACGUUGUUGUCAUCGAUUAGCUUUCUUUCACCGGUUACAGCGACAGAGAUACCCCUAGUUCUUCCCUAGCGAGUUGCUAAAUUCGAAUGCAAGUUGCUGAGCUGAUUGAAACGAUAGUGUUCUUAUUACCCGAGAACGGCAUGCUUCUGAUUGCUUUUUGGGAGAUGGUCAAUCACCUGCCAACGGGAAAGCGACACAUUACCACGCAGAGGUAGAUGGUACCUUGCUUGAGGCCGUUCUGCCCCUUGCAUCAUGCACCCGCCUUUCGUGCAUUCAUUCAUUAGAGGCGCUGGAGGCAAGGCAAGAUCUAAGAUGGGAAGUCUAAUUCUCGCUGCUUAUAUGAGGCG